UAUAUCAUAUAAAAAAAUAUAUUAUAUGAAGGACAAAUAGAUACAAAAAAUUCGAUACCUAAUUGAAGUUAUAUUUCAAGUUUGAAAAGACAAAUUUAAGGAUCAUGAAGCAGCUUGAUCUUGUAGAAGAAUAGAAUCCAUUUACUUAUUUAAUAACAUUAGAUGAAACAACAGAUUCUCAAGAUAUAUUAAAUGUAUUCGUCUGAUGCAGAAUAUAUUAAUAAUGAAGAUUUACCUGGAAAGUAUUAUUUAUAAUAUAAAUUUAUGUUAUUAACAAGAAUAUUAAGUCAUCGUAUUUAAAAUAAGCUAUUACCGACACUAUGAAGAUGUGGCGUGUGCGACGCGUGUUAAGUUCGCCCUGACAAUGAACGCGGAAUAAAUGCACUUCUAUCCAUGUGACCAUGUGGGUGUACCAGCAUGUAGCCUAUUUUGACGGGGGAAUCACGUGAUUAAAUACUUAGCCGUCGCCACCCCGUCACCACAACUGUGAGCAGACCGACACUAUGCCACAACCACAACCCAUAGAUACGCAGCUCAACCAUUCCACAUCCUUCGGAAGCAAGCACGGCUAACCGAGGCUCAUCUUUAACGUGCUCAUAUAUAUAUACAUUCACACACACAUACGUAUACAUCAUACAUUCAAUAGAUACGAAAGCACGAUAGAGACGAAACUGCUAACGUGGUAGGUAGUGGUUAGACACACAGAGAGCGCGGUAGGAGGCCAAGCGCUGGCUUGGUGUUCAGAAGCGGUGUUAACAAGGGUUACAGUGAACUUCGCUCGACGACAUGAUAUUCGCGAGGCUUGUGUACAGUCUACGAUAAUCGUUUAUACCUAAACUAAGAAAACCAUGAGUGUUCAACACGAUCAUACACAUAUACAAGACUAUUAUAUACUAUAUAUGUACAUAAAAUUAUGUAUUAUAUAUAUACAUAAUUAAGAGUACAAUGCUCUGUAUGGUUACAAAGCUACACAAUAAUAUACAUCUUUUAUAAGUGCUAUCUUCUCGUGUUUACAUACUCGUACAGUUAGAGUGUACGUGUGUAGAUGUGUGCGUGCGCGCCCGCGCGCAUGUAUUUGUGUGUGUGUGAGAGAGAGAGAGAGAGAAAAAAGAAGCAAGGUGGAGUAUUUGUAUCGCAAAAACGACGUUCCAUGGGUGAGUGGGGAGGAGAAUACAGUCUUGUCAUAAGAAGUGCCAGUCUAAACAGUAAUAUCCAGACGAACUAAUAUCACGUGUAGACUGUGAAUGAUUCUUUUUCUUGUCUGUGUAUAAUCGAUGUAUGUAUUACGUUGAUAAUUGACGUACGAUGUCAUAAAGAAUAAUGCGUGUCUUUUCGAGUAGUCGGUGUCUCGGUGCGAUCGAUAUUACUCGGUCGCGAUGUACCGAGUCGAUUUAUUCUCCAAGAGUGUCACUCGUCCUGGUGAUAAUAUUCAUCGAUCGAACGUAUCGUCGAUAUAAUUACUGCGACAAAUAGCAUUAACGAGAAUAUUUAAUUGGUUGUGUCGGUGGUGGUCAUACGGUAACGACCGAGAGUGGCCAGUGUAAAGUGUAGAGUGACAGUGGCGACGACGGUGGCGGUGACUGCGACGGCGGCGGCAGCGACAGUGGUGGUAGAAAUAGCUGUGGCGGUGGCGGUCGAAUGGCGGUCGCGAUCGCGAUAGCUACUAUAGGUGACGGUGGAUACGAUAAUAUCGCGGACGGUGACGAUAGAAACGAACGCCAGUGAUAACCAAGCUCGCGACACAAUGCGCGUACAUCGCUCCAGAGAACGUAAAACUGAUAUGAAAAUAACGUAAAACAUGGGAAAAUAUGCAAAUGAAAUCAGCGAGAGGUAGAAACGGAACAAGUUGCGAGGAAUAAUUUCAUCGAUAGUGUAUUCCAGUAGUGUAUUGGUAAUAAAUGGAAAAUUGAACGAGAACAAAACAUUAUACAGAUUAUACGUAUAUUGGUAGUGGAACGUACUGAAGGAUUGAAAGAGAAUUAUCAUGUACAUGGAGGUUCCGUUGCGAUGGACAAUAGACUGCGGAUAAUAUAAUAUUACAAGGGGAGAAGACACAUGAACGGGUUAAGCUUGUUCCCGAGUGAGAAACAGGAGCAAUGAAGAUGGAAUAUAAGAUGAACACUUUGUAUCUUUAGCCGAAUGUUAAGCUUUUCCGUAUAAUGAGGAACGGGAGCUAAUACGUCGAAUUAAAUAUUCGGAGAGUGAACGUAUAUAUUGUGGGUGUAAAUACGCCUAUAUUAUGAGUCGUACAAAAUAGCGUGGUAUGUCACGAGUCUCGGGAAUUUCGUGUGAGCCUGUUUUAUCUCCUGCAAUUCUUUUCACGUAGACACGAAUAAUGGAGACGUUAUUGCCGGGGAAUACGAACAGUCAAUCGUAUAGCCCGCAGCUGAAGACCGUGUUGAAGACAUAUCAGUUAUCCGCUGUAAAAAGCUUACAGGGUCCGAGCUCAGCCCUGCUUGGUAUGGACUGCAAAAGUUUACUGCAGGAACAACCUUGUUAUUCUCCCAACCGAUCGAGUAGUUGCGUUAUCGACUCCGAACAGAUCUCCAAAGACACUGAAAAGGACAAUAAUUCAUCAGUGACGCCUAUUGGCCCUUGCAAAGUUCGCAGAACCGAUCAACCACUCGAAGAUUCUGACGAAGACCCGCAAUUGGAACGAUCGAAAAAUAUCUGUGAAAAGAGGGAAUUGGAGUUUCAGAUACCCAUUUUAACAGCUCCAGACCAAAGUUGUUCUGAAAGAUGUGAGACGAUCUUGGAGGGCGAGAGAAUAUCGUGUUUUGUUGUAGGAGGCGAAAGGAGGUUAUGUUUACCACAAAUAUUAAACACUGUUUUGCAAGAAUUUUCUCUUCAUCAGAUCAAUCAAGUUUGCGAUGAAUUGCAAAUCUAUUGUUCACGAUGUACCAGAGAUCAGUUGGAAGAACUUAAGCAUUCAGGAAUCCUACCACGUAAUGCUCCUUCCUGUGGCCUUAUCACUCAAACAGAUGCCGAGAGGCUUGUCAGUGCUUUACUACUACGGACAGAGUCGUGCGAUCCCUCUCAGAUCAGUAACCAAGAUAACAUCGACAAGAAAGCAUGUACUAAAAAUGACAAUGAUGAAGAAUCCAUUGUCAAGUUUAAGGUGUAUCAUGAGUGUUUUGGAAAAUGUAAAGGCAUCUUUGAUGCAAGUUUGUUUGAGUCAGAUGAUUCAGUGUGCAUAGAGUGUAUUGAAUGUGGCUGCCAAUUCUCACCUCAACGUUUUGUCAGACAUGCUCAUAGAUCUCUUGAAAAUCGUACGUGUCAUUGGGGCUUUGAUUCAGCAAAUUGGCGGUCAUAUUUGUUGCUUUCACGAGAUCAAGAACAUUAUAAUAAGUCACUUACUUUGUUUCGAGAAUUGAAGGAAAAACAUCUUACAUUGGGUUCCAAGCGAAAAUCAGAGUUGCGGCAUGAUUCAGAAAAAAUAAAACGAAUUAGGAAGGAUAUAGGAAGAGAAGAUUGUCCAGGAAUUUAUAAUGGAAAUGGCUUGGGCAUGUAUCAUCCUGUAUCUCAGGUAGCCAAUGCAACUGAUCCAUAUCUACAAAUGUCAUGGGCAGUCUUUGAAUUAGCAGCUAGAGGAGCAUCAGCUUUUAGACCAUGGAAUACCACAAAUACUUGCAAGCAUAAGGAUAAUUCAUCGUUGGUGCCUGCGUAUCUCAGUCGUGGUCCACCUGUACUACAACAUCCAGAGCACGUGGUUCCUCUCUCUGAAUGCAAACGUUUUGAACCACACUUUCAACCAAAUGUAGCCUUAGCACCUAUACCUGCACCAUCAGUGCCUGUAGUACUUCCACCAUCUGCUCACCACCAACGACGACAUCAUCAUGAUCAUAAACGUUAUAACCAUCACACAUCGAGUUCUAACGAAAAGAAAGAAGCUUCGUCGGAUAAUGUCAAAUCUGAGAAAAUAUCCCCUAGUUCUGGAUCUAGUAUUGGUGUAUAUUCUGCAUUCCCUUCUUACACACCUGGAAGCAAUCAAAAAGAACUGCCUCAAAAAACUAAACAUGAAAUGGGUGAAGAAGAAGAAAGUAGUGCUGCUGUAACAUCGUCUACGAUAAAUAUAGAACCACCUUUGGCUGAAAUUGGAACCUCUUCACUGGAAAGUGAUUCUGAUUCGGAAGGAACGGCAGCGAUAGAUUUGGAGGAAAGGUUAUUAGCUUUGGAAGCACCACAAGAUGUUUUGGAAAUGGCGCGACGCAUAGUUUUAGAAAAUGCACAAUUACGACGUCAUCGACGUUCGGAUGCACGUGAAAUAUUACGAUUACGUAAUCAAUUGCAAAUGCAGCAAAUACAAUCAUCUAAUGAUGGUGAUAAAAAGGAGGAACCAACAAAUGCAGCGAGUGCAGCAGAUAGUACAGAAGGUAGUGAGGAAACGGAAGCUUUAUUACCAUCAAAUAAUAAAGAGUCUGAACCUGUUGUUCUAACUGUUAGUAAAGAAUAAAAUCAGUGAUUAGAGUUUUUUAAAUUAUUUAAUACAAAACUGCUCAGCAAUUUUUUGCAACGCUCAUCUUUUAUUGGAUAAGCAUGCAUUAAAUUUAGUACUAGUUAUAAUAACGAUAAUGAUGAAUUCUAAAUAAAUAAAAACUGUUUAGGUUAUGUGAUAAAUAGAAAGCCUUUAACAUCAUAACCAUUAAUUUGAAAUUUUUAUUGUAACCAUACUUUGUUUAUGUCGAUUUUAAUUAAAAUCGAAUGUAGAUAUUGUAAUAUAGAGAAAAAGUAACAUAAGUUAACCAAAAUUUACCAUGCCAUUUAAUAUAAUUAUACUUAAUAGUCUUUUUAGCAUGUUCCGUGCCGUGUGGAGCGUAUAAGCCCCACGCUGAAUUUCCUGUCCAAGGCAUUUGGAAUUUUAGUGGAAUAAAUGUUCAAUCAUGUGUUUGUUAAAAUAAUUCCACAAAUUAAAAAAUAAAACAAAAAUUAAAUUUAUUGCUUUGAUCUCUAAUACGUCAUAAACAAUACACCCCUUUCAUGAUAAUUAUGUUAUUUGCACUAUUAUUAAUAUUAAAAUAUUUAAAAAAAUUUAAGGCAUAAGCAAAACUAUCAAUCGUAAUAACGUGGGGCGUAUAUGUCUGACGCGGCCUGAAUGGAAAGUAACAAAAAAUUGGUCCGGCACGGAACGUGUUAAAUAGGUUUCCUGUGCAUAUUAAAUAUGCCGCAAGAUUUUUAUGAUCAUUCGUUUAAUUGUAAAAUUAAACAGUGGUCAGAAAAUACGAGAUUAGAUUGCUUUCCAUUUACUUUUUUAUAGUCAUGAUUGCAUAAUGUAAAUAUGAUUCAAGUACCAUAGAUGUAUGUUUAUAUUGAUAAUAUUAUCAUGCAAAAUAUUGCUAAAGUACAAAAAAUCUUUAGGUGCUAUAUUAUUAUAUUAGGAAUGUUCUAAGCAAAAAUCUAGGUGUAUUUCAGCAGUUCGUAUUACACCAGAAUAUCAGAAAUCUCGAUUAUGUUCUAGUUAUCGUUUUUAUAGCGCGAAACAAUAAUAAACAACAAAAUCAUAUUUUUCGCUAGUAAUCUUCAUAUUUGAAUAAAUAAAAUAAGUUAAUUAUUUAUACAUUUCAAAAUUAUAAGAUUAUUAUUCAAGCGAUAUAUUAAAUCGAAGAAAUUUAAUUUAUAUAAAAAAAUUAUUAACUUUUUGUAUGUUUAGUUAUUCUUGUAUUAUAAAGAAACUUAAUUCCAAUUAUGAACAGUUGGAUUGAAAUGAAUAUUGUUUUAUAAAAAAUGCGUAAAAUCGUGUUAUGUAUAUUUUCUCUCUCUCUCUCUUUCUCUCUCUCUCUCUCUCUCUCUCUCUUUCUCUCUUUUUAUCUAUCUUUUGAUAUCAAUAUUUAUUUGUGACAUUGUAUCUACAUAUCAUUUUAGUUAUAUGUAAAAUUAAAAGAAUUUGACCCUGUGGGUUUUAAAACAUUAAAUGUGAUUUAUUACAAAUAUUUUUACACGAUCAAAAAUUAAUUUGUAUAGAGAUAAUACAAUCAAUAUUUAUAGAGAAUUCUGAAACGAAAUUACAAGCACAAUUGAUUCUUAUUCAAUGUUAUUUUCAUUUUUAUUUGCUAUAAUAGCAUGUACAUGCAAUAACAGAAGCAACACAUUUUUUCCAAGUAUCCUUGCAAAACCAAUAUUGAUUUAGAGAUGCAUAUAUACCUAGAAAUACACACUAGAUAUCUAAGAAUAAAAGAAUACGCGAAUAUAAAAAUAUAAAGGUAUAAAUAUUUAUAUAAUAUAUAUCUUUAUAUUUGUAUAUGUUAUCACUAUAUAUUUCUUCUUAAUCUUAUUAAUUUAAAUAUUUGCGUAUUCUUUUAUUUUCUUAAAUCUUUUGUCACUGUUUUAUUUGUUCCAUCUCACAAUAUGUAAAGUGAAGCAUAAUUUAAACUUAAAUUUAAACUGAAAUUUUGAAAAUUCAGUGUACUCUUAUUAAAUUAUAACAACAUGAAUUUCUUUCUUCUUUUAAAGUGUUAGUUAAAUAUUUUAAAUGUAUAAAAUAUUUUAAAAAUUAAACAUGUAUUAGAAAGGUUGUUUUAUAAGCUUUAAAAGCUUUUUGUAUCAGGUACAUAUUAGAACAAUAUGAUAUAAAUCUUACACAUAUUUACAUAUGAUAUAGCAAAAGAAACAAUAAUUAUAUAUUUGUGUAUUUGAAAUAUACAUAUACACAUAUUUCGAGACUGCUUCGGAGAUCUCUUAUCACGUACAUUUUUCUAAUAUAACAAGAGUGCCAGUAAUUCUUGUAUCAUAUUAAAGCACAACGCAUUAAGAAAUUUCCAUUUUCAAUUUUAUUAUUCAUAAAAAAACACUCGCUUUUUAAACCUAAGUAAAUCAUGAAUUUUCAAAGCAAUCUGUUAGAGAAAGGGAAAAAUUGAUAAAAGUGUAUAAAUACAAUUGAUAACGUAGGAUAAAUACAUUCAUAAUUAUACUCCAUAUAACAUUUGAUCAAUAUAUAUAUGACAUGUAUGUUACAUCGUAUUGUUGUAAUAAUAUAAGUAUCCCACCUAAGGUGAACAGUGUAAUAAUUUAUGAUUUUCAUACACUCGGUUUAUUAUAGAAUAAUUAGAAUAUUGUGGUAAAUAGUACAUGUAUGAAUCGCGUAGGAAGGUCGGUUUUUUUUGCAUAUAUCUGAGAUCUGCGUAUAAAAAUUUCGAUAAAAAAAUCAUGUAACUGCCAUGACUAAAGAUGUAUUUUAAUUUCGAAUGGGUGAUGUAUUUUAAGUUAAAAAUGGGAAGUUUACAAAUAAAUACAUAAUAUGCGACGCCUGACUUUAUUAACAUUUAUGCACGAAAACGCGUUAAUGUGGAUUUCGUUCGUUCGAAUAGAUAUUAUUCUGCCAGUCGGCUCUUGAAUUAAUUAAGGUGAUUUAUAAAAAGUAAAACGAGAUGUUAUUAAGUGUUUCGUAAAUAAGAAAUAUCGUUAUUGUUAUGAUACAUUUAGUUCAAUUUGAAAAAAACGAGAAGACAUAAUCGCGUGCGCGGGUGAAUAGUAAUUGUAGUAUAAUUAUUGCAUUAUUAUACGCAUACGCUCAAUAUUGUGCGCAAUAUUGUACUCAGUAUGCGUAUAUUAACACAUUAAUAUUAAAAAACUCGUUCGAUUCUCAUUUCAAAUGCUAGGCUAUAAUAGAAUUCCGUGCUCACGUUAGAUGUAGAUAUGAAAUAUCAAUCGAACGAGUUUCCCAUUGUUUUCUCUUUAUAUAUCCAUGAAUCCAGGAUUCAAGAAAAUAAACUAUUGAGCGAUAGAUAAAGCGUUUAUUAUGCUAAAUAUUCAGAUGCAAUAAAACAUUAUUAUUCGAUGCAAUUUAUUUCAUAGAAUUAAACGACCUUAUACGUGAUAAUUAUAAGAUAGAAUAUGCGUAAAAUAUUGCUUUAUGAUCGAAUUUAGUAAUAAUAACUAGUGUGUUUAUUGAUCCUUGUUAACAUAUAUAAAUAGUGUGCACACUCUUUCGAGGAUAAUAGAACGUUUUAUUUCAGACUGACGUCGAAUUUGUUUUGUCCAUGAAACAAACAACAAACAGAAGCUAUCGGCUAUGUUAAUUGACUAGUAAUAUGGAAAUCAUUUGUAUUUACCGGGGACGUGGUAUGUAUGUAUAUUAUGCUAGUAAAAUGUGCUGAGAUUCUUGCGCGAAUUAUCAUGCACGCUAUCAAUAGUUUAUUUUCUUAACUUACACUUACUCUUCGAUAGAUGGCAUAAUAGAGUUAGACGUACAGAAGCUCAUGAAAGUAUUUCAACACUUGUCAAAGAAAACUUUUACGUAUAUAUAUAUAUAUACGUAAUACAUAUAUUGUAUGUAUUAUAUAAAACAUUUAAAAAUUGCAGUAGCGCUGUAAUGAGACAUUACUAUCAUCUUGGUUAAAUUUGAAACUAAUCUGAAAAUGUAUAUAUAAGUUACAAGAUAUUUAUUGCGAAUAUAUAUUUAAUAAAAAAUUAAUAUACAGCAUGAGAGAGAAAGAGAGAGAGAGAGAAUAACCGUUUGAGUAUAUAAUAAAUGUUAAAAAUUGCACUACAUAUUUUGUAUCUUCUAUGUACAUUUUCUAAUAUAUUUCAAACUGCUAAUAUACUCAUGGUAACUGGAUCUCAUCACAAUGUUAGCGAAAUAUUAAAAUGUCUUGUAUCACGCACACAAUAUAUUCAUAAAAGUUUUUUAUAAGUGUUCGAAUAUUUUCGUAAGCAACUGUAAAUGUGUUUCGUACACUACAUAAUUAACGAAUACUCAUAAGAAAUUAAAUACAUAAAAAAAGUGCAAUAUGAAAGUACAAAAUUUGAUGUUUUAUUUGAAUUUUGUAUAUUUUACAACAAAAAAAGGUGAAAAAGUGACAAAAGAAAUAUGUGGAUGGCUUCUCCGAUAUUCUAAAUUUUUUUAAAAUAUAUAAGACUUUCGAAAAUGUUUUACUAUCAGAAUCUUUAAUAUAUGUAAGGCCAUGUCUCUGAUAACGUACUUAUAUAGUGUUGAACUUUUGAAUAAUACUAUCUAACUAUAAAAAAAAAAAAAAAAAAAAAUAAUGAAAGCGGUUUAGAACAAUUUAACGUUAUACAAUUUUCUAAUCACUUUAAAUAUUAUCUUGAAUUUUUGUAUGAUCGAAUUUCUAUAUUCGAACGACGAAUUCCAUAUUCUUAUGGGUCGAUAUUUAACGAUGGAUAUAUGAAAUAUAGCUCCAGUAUUGAUCUGAUUUUUGGCAUAAUUGUAGGGUAAAUGUAUAUAUAAUUAUUUUCCAAAAAAAAUACUCAUUGUUGAAUGUAUAUGAGGGGAAAUUGUUAUAGAUAAGGCUAUUAUCGUCAUUUAUAUUAAUUGAGAUAAUAAACGACGUUUCGAUUAAAUAAGA